GGCCCAAGUCUAUUGCAUAUAAGAUGUACUGUAAUAUCAAGCACUUGUCAUUUUUUUCUCCUCAAAACACCUCUUCCAUCAUCGUCAUCAUCACGUAUCAUCCACUACCGCUGUAGGAUCAGGAUCAGGCUCUAGUGCUGCGCCUCAAGCUUGCUUCAUCCUCGUUGUGCUACUGCUACGGCUUACAUUUCCCCAUCUCUCUCGCCUGCUUUAUUUACACCACUCCACUUUCCCACCUGAUAUCGCUGUCGACUUUGCUUUGAGUCUUUGACAGCACCAGUCAACAGCGCCUCUACCCCGCGUCAUCAUCAUCAUCGAGGACAAGAAACAAAAUGUCACUCUUUGGCGGUUCACGAAUCGGCAGACAUAGCAUCACCCACCCAUGCGGCUGCUACAUAUUCAUCCAUGACACGCCCAGAUACCUCCCUCAGGUCCAGGUCAAGGCUCAUACCACUAUCCUUGCCACAACAUCUCGCACCAACCUCACCCAGACCUUUGUCAACCCCAGCGGCGAAGCCAUUGAUGAACUGCGCUAUGUAUUCCCUCUCUACGACGGUGUUUCUGUCGUCGCUUUCACCUGCACCGUCGGCUCUCGCGUCAUCAAAGGCGUAGUCAAGGAGCGACAGAAGGCUCAGCAAGUCUACAACGAAGCCAAGGCCAGAGGACAAACCGCUGGUCUAUUCAAGCAGUCCCUUGAAGCAGCUGAUACUUUCACUACCACUAUUGGAAAUGUCCCAGCUGGUGAGAAAGUACAGGUCGACAUCACGUACCUUGGAGAGCUCAAGCAUGAUGCUCAAGUCGAUGGUCUUCGUUUCACUAUUCCAACACAGAUUGUUCCACGAUAUGGGGACUCACAAUCCCUCCCCUCGUCUAAUGUCAUACAGAAAGAAGGGAUCUCUUUCACUAUCGAUGCCGAGAUGCCAGACGGUUCAGCCAUCAAAUCUAUUCAGUCUCCGUCUCAUCCUCUUUCAGUUGAGAUUGGCACCACUUCUACCACGAAGUCCCAGGACCCCUCCCUCCAGAGAGCCUCUGCUACCCUCCAGCAGGGCACUACUCAUUUGGAACAAGACUUUGUUGUCCAAGUAGUCGCCACAAAACUCGGAGAACCAUCCGCUAUUCUCGAGACUCACCCAACCAUUCCUAACCAGCGCGCCAUCAUGACUACGCUUGUCCCCAAGUUCAAACUACCUGCCGAGAAGCCAGAGAUUGUUUUCAUCUGCGACAGAAGCGGAAGUAUGGGUGGUCAGAUACCUGGCCUCAAAACCGCUCUCCAGAUCUUUCUUAAGUCUCUUCCUGUUGGCGUCAAGUUUAACAUUUGCAGUUUCGGCUCUCAUUUCAGCUUCCUCUGGGACCGGUCACAGUCCUACAGCCAAGAGACACUCGACAAGGCUGUUCAGCACGUCGAGACUUUCGACAGCGACUAUGGCGGCACUGAGAUGUACCAACCUUUCGAGGCUACUUUCCAGAAGCGCUACAAGGACAUGAACCUCGAAGUCUUCCUGCUCACAGACGGUGAGAUCUGGAACCAAGAUCGUCUUUUCCAGCUUAUCAACAAGGAAGUGGCUGAUAGUAAGGGUACCGCGCGAGUCUUUUCCCUUGGUAUCGGAGCAGGCGCCAGUACCUCUCUGAUUGAGGGUAUUGCCCGAGCUGGCAACGGCUUUGCUCAAACGGUUGCCGAUGACGAGAAGAUGGACAAGAAGGUAGUUCGCAUGCUUCGAGGAGCUUUGUUUCCCCAUAUUUCCGACUAUUCUCUAGAGAUCAAGUAUGAUAAAGCAGAUUCUUCGAUCGAAGAUGACUUUGAGUUGAUUGAGAAGGUCGUUGACGCGUUGAAGAUUGAUACUGCCGAGGAGGAAAAAAAGACCAAGGAAGUUGAGGCACCAAAGAAGCCUAUCUCUUUGUUCGACACAACUUCGAACGAUGAUGACGAUACUGAGAUGACUGAAGCGCCGGAAGUUGAGAACAAGUUCGACCAUCUUCCUGAUGUCUCUCUUCCUCGCUAUCUCCAGACACCUGGCACCAUUCCUCCUCUCUUCCCUUUCAACCGCACCACUGUGUACGUCCUUCUCUCCCAGGACACUCCCUCACAGCAACCCAAAUCUGUCAUCCUUAGAGGCACCUCAAGCCAUGGCCCUCUCGAACUCGAGAUCCCCAUCACGGUAGCUACCGAGAAAGACUCUGUCAUUCAUCGUCUCGCAGCACGGAAGGAAGUCAAGGAACUUGAGGAAGGUCGUGGAUGGCUCAACCAUGCCAAGGACUCCGACGGCAAACUCCUCAGGGAGAAGUACGAUGGCCACUUCUCAGACAUGGCCGAGCGUGAGGCUGUGCGUCUUGGUCUCAAGUAUCAAGUUGGAGGCAAGUGGUGCUCGUUCGUCGCUGUUGAGGAUAACGGAAGCGAAGUAGAGCGGGGAGAGGUCCAAGGGGCUGAACCUGAUCAGCCUCAACAACGUAAUAUGCCACAAAUGAUGGCUGCUCGCUUCGGUGCAACGAGCAGCAGCGGACCUUCUUCCGUACUUUGCUCCCGUGCUCGCUCAUCAAACCAGCCAGCUGCCAGGAGUAGCGCACUCUUUGGAAGCUCUAGCAAUGCAGCAUUCGGAAAUACAGCUGGAACUCGUAACCGAGACCUUUCUUCAGCGGCUCUAGGUGGUGGCCUCUUCGGAAGUUCUGGGUCUUCCAACACUGGUGGAGGACUGUUCGGCAACUCAAACGCCCAAGCCCACAGUUUCGCCCCAUCCUAUAGUGGAUCAUCCGGUGGUCUUUUCGGAGCCGCGCCGGGAGGAUCAUUUGGUACAAGUGGAGGUCUGUUCGGCAGUGUGCCUCCGCCUCCUCCUUCUGCACCCGCUCCACCAACUGUUCAAGCCCCAGCGCUUGCGCCCCCCGCGGCUGCUGUUGAUGAAGAUCUUCUCUCUGAGUAUCAACAAGAGAUGGCUGAGGCUGCGGCUAUGCCGCUCGAGGAUGAACUAGAAGCGGAAGAGUCUGGUGAAGACGUGGGAUUUGCAUUGUUCGACGACGGACCUCCUGCUCCUGCGCCAGCUGCUUCCUCUGCUUUCUUUGCCAUGCCUGCAUCCUCUAUUACCGCUGCUCCCAAGAAAAAGGCCAUCAGCGACAUGGAGCCACUCCAAGCUUUGACUACCCUCCAAACCUUCGCAGGUAGCUGGUCAUGGAGUUCCGAUCUCGAGCGUGUUCUCGGCGUGACCUCUGACCGUGUUUCCAAGUUGGCACUCCCGUCUUCAGUCAAGGGCCAUUCGGAGAAGGACGAUGUUCUCGCUACAGCCUGUGCCGUGUUGUUCUUCAAGAACAAGCUGCAGGAGGAAAUCGAUACUUGGGAAAUGUUGGUUGAGAAGGCAGAGGGAUGGCUGGAGGAAAAUAUUGGGGACGAUGGUGUUUCUGAGCUAUUUAGCGUCCUCGAGAAGUUGUUUUAGAUAGUUUCUUCAUGGCCUUAUCUUAGAUGAAGUGUCCAUGAAGUUAGUUAGUUUGAAAUCACUAUCUUAUUAUUCAUGCAUUCCUAUUUCGUAAUAGCUCCGUACUCCCUGUAGUAGAAAGGUACUGUUCUAAACA